UGCAGUGAUAUCAGAACGUAUUUGCAUAGUUGAAAUGUUAAAACAUUGAAUAUACGUGCAAAAUUUAUCAAAUACAACUCCGAAAGGCUUUAUUUAAUGCGCAAGCGUUAUAAAUAAAUCUUCUAACUAGAUUAAUAUUGGAAAGUGUGAGAAAAAUUAAACGAUUUUCAAUAUUUUACUGUUUGUGAAGUUACAAAGAUGUCCGCUACAAAAAAAAUCGAAGAAGGUUGUGAACUUGUGCGCCAAGCUGAAAAAAGUUUAAAAACAGGUAUAUUAAAGUGGCGCCCCGAUUACGAAAGCGCUGCAGAUGAAUAUACAAAAGCAGCCACAGCUUUUCGAAUAGCCAGAUCUUAUGACCAAAGCAUGGAUUGUUUCUUCAAAGCUGUUGAUUGUCAUAAAAAUGGUCGCUCUUGGUUUCAUGCAGCAAAGUGUUAUGAGCAGGUAAUACUUAUACUUAAGGAAAAAAAUAGUUUAUUGGAAAUAGAAGAGAAUGCUAAUAAAGCAUGCAAUCUUUAUUUGCAACAUGGUUCGCCUGAAGCUGCUGCCACUGCUUUGGAUAAGGCAGCUAAAAUAGUUGAACAAAAGCAUCCAGAUGUUGCUUUACGUUUCUAUCAGCAUGCAAUGGAAAUUGUAAUGAAUGAAGACUCUACAAGGCAGGCAACUGAAUAUGCUUCAAAAGUAGCACGUAUAUUAGUUAAACUAAGAAUGUAUGAUCAAGCAGCCGAUGCCAUUAGACGUGAAAUAGGAUUACAUCAGCAAACGGAAUCUUAUGGACAAAUUGGACGUUUGGCAGUAGCUUUAAUUUUAGUACAAUUGGGACGUGGGGAUUUGGUUGCUGCUGAAAAGGCUUUUAAAGAAUGGGGUAAUUGCUGUGAUCCCCAAGAGAGCCAAACUUUAGAAUGUCUUUUGCAAGCAUUUGAUGAUGAAGAUCCCGAAAUGGCUGCGCAAGCACUUGCAAAUCCAUUCAUACGUCAUAUGGAUGUCGAAUACACAAUUUUAGCCAGAGAUAUUCCAUUACCACGUGGUAUGAAAGUAGCACCUAGAGCCGAUGUUGUUAAGGACGCUGCCGCUUCUUAUGUAUCGCCUAAUUCUGAAGCAGCGCAAUCUGCUGAUGAUGCGAAUCCUACAAACUCAAAAGUAACCGCAAACGACGAAGACGACGACGAAGGACUGUGUUAAUUAAUUUAUAAAAUAAUUUUUAAAUAUAAUUAAAAAGUUAAUUAUAAUAAAUACUUCUAUUUAGGUUGCAAUAAGAAUUCCUCAUAUUAUUAUUCUUAUUAAUAUAUACAUAUAUAUGUAGUAAUUACUUUGCAAAUAAUAUAAAGUUGUUUGGAUGUAUGAACGUGUUUUAGUUGUUAAAAAAAAUAUAUUUAUAUAGAUAUAAAUAUUACAUAAUUGCAUACCUUAAUCUUUCCUGUCCAUUUUAAGGUUUAC